AUGGCUCAGAGAGUGUUCGCUCGAAUUAAGUUAAGUGCAGCAGGAGCAGUAAUAGCAAUAGCAGCAGCAACAGCAACAGCAACAACUGCCGACUACAACAACAAUGUGAAUUUUGCGGAGUUUAUUGCAAGCAAUGACUUUACUAUUUAUUUUUUUGCAACAUUGAAUAAAAAAGAACAAUACAAAAGUAUCUUCUUUGGAAUUUCAAAUACAAUAAAUUUGGGAUUAACCAGCUGCAUUAACCGUAUCUUCGGCGUCAACCACGGAAACCGCUGCCACAAUACGUCUGUGCUUUGUUGUGAACCACUAAACAACGACAGUAGCACGCAGAGUCCCAUCAACAUCGCCAACUAUUGUCGUCCAGCAUACAUUACCUUCACUUACAUACUCACGCACGCAUUCAGCAGUCAACAACAUUUCGCACGCAACUCGUUUAUCCAGCGCCCUUCACAAGUAUUCCUCUCCCACCAAUCGGCAUCGUGCUGCAUAAUGCAUUCGUGCGACAACAGCAACAGUAGCCCAACUAAACUUUGUACCUACGUGGCGUUAUUACCAUUAUGAUUCACCGCGUGACGUGUACGUGAAUCAUAAAAGGCGAAGUGCAUUUAUUGGCAUUUUUUGUGUUUUAUUUUCCUUUGGACUCAUUUGAAUACCAAAUUUGCGUUACUUAAAAGUGCAGAAGUGAUAGUAACAGCAGCAGCAGCAAUAGUAGCAGCCGCUAA